GAGGAGGCUUUCCCCAGGGAAGUGCUGCCCUGGCAUGGAUCACCGUGCGUUGGAGCCAUCCGAGAUGCCGUCCCCUAAACAUCUGGAGGACACUCAGAAACAUCUGGAAAGUGUACUGACCUCCGGGGGGAGAAAUUCAAGUGGAGUUUGGGAGAAAUGAUUGCCCAGUGGAAAUCCAGAACAAGAGGAAGAACGGAUGAUGGUGGGUGAAUUUCCAACUAUCAUGGAAUCAAAGCACCAGGCCUGGGUUUAAAUUCUUCGCUUGAUUGAAAAUGAUCAAUGGUAUCAUCGCUUCAUCCCUGAAUUUAGAUCCACCUCUUGAAUCAGAGUAGAAUAAAUCAAUGGAGGUCCACAACUAGAAUUAAAUCACUAGCUUUAGAUCAUCUAACACAAUUGCUAAAAUCAUCAGUCCGCGGAUAGAUUUAUAUCAGUGCCUGAAUGGAAUUGAUUGGCUCAUAUUCACUGUAAUCCCUUCAGGAUUACAAAUUCAAUGUAUGCUCUGUUGUGUUGCACAGCACACAUAGAGAACCAAAUCACACACAAGCAGUCAUGGAAGGGCUGGCUCAAUGGCACCUUGACAGUCCAGCCAGGAAUUAGAGCGACAUCUCUCCAGCAACUAGUUGCAAUUUUUCAUCUGUUGUCCACAACAAAACCCGACUUGCGAAACUCUGCAAUCCCAGCAACCUCACUGGAUUUAGAUCCUGAUCUCCUUUGGACCACUGGACCGACCAGGCGGAGGAUUACCGGUACUUGCCUUUUUGUUCAGCAGAUAUUAAAAAUAUAAGAGGAAAUUGAUGCCGGGACCUUCUUGCAUUUCCUGCGUCCACUCCGUCCACAUCGGGUGGACGGGGGAAGAAAUAAGGGACCAAAGUGCACAAAAUGAUCUCAAGUUCAACUUCCUGACUCCGCAAAAUCAGGUCGGCACAGCAGGAAACCCACUCGAAAGGAAAGCUGCCAGUCAAAUGUUGCCCAGGUCACAUUUCAAAGAAACACAAGCUAACAGCACAAAAUGAUGCACCAUGUGCAUUUUUUUUUCUUUUUCAACGAUACAAAGCGCAAGUAACUUUUCACACCUAUUUUGAACAACUUUUCCAAUCAGACGCUUGUGUCAGAGGGACAUCUUAAAGUUUUGGGAUUUUGGUCAACCUCACCACAAGACUGCAGAGCAACACACGAGGAGCGGGUGAGGAAAGGCCGAUGUGCAGCUGAAAUUGGGCAUCAAGGGCUGCAACAUGUGUGUGGUCAGACGUUCUGAGGAGCACUACAAGGUCAUGUACCAGAUUAAAGGAAGGCGGCGUUCUCGCCUCCUGCUGGAUAAACCACCUAAAUCCCAGGAGCCUCUGCAGCGACCUGUGCCCAACCACAAAAGUCACAGAAGAAAAGGUGCGAUAGCGAACACCAGAAAUCGGAGCAGUGGCACUUCCGUCUCCUCCCUCACCAUGGUUGCUCUUCCUCCUGAGCAUAUGGACAACACCACACAGACCGACGUCAGCUUCCAGUGGCCAGCUAUCACUCCAGUACUCCCCUGCCUGAUGGGAGAGUAUUGGGCGAACGAAUUCAAAUGCGUGUUCGAUGAUGGUGACGACUAUUUGGAAGUGUCGCACCACGAAGUGGACCGACCAGACGAGCUGGAAUAUGAGGAGGUCACACUGUAUAAGAGCAGUCAGCAGGAGAAGCUGGGCUUGACGGUCUGCUACAGGACAGAUGACGAGGAUAACAUGGGUAUUUAUGUUGGAGAGGUGAAUCCAAACAGCACCGCUGCAAAGAACGGACGCAUCAGGGAAGGAGACCGAAUACUUCAGAUCAAUGGGGUAGACAUUGGCAGCAGAGAAGAAGCUGUCGCCAUCUUGAGCAGAGAAGAUAGCGGCAACUUCUCCUUAUUGCUGGCCCGGCCCGACAUCGAGGAAGACCAGCUUGGUGACGGCGUCACCAGACAAAAUUUUAUCUUGCACCACUGCCAUAGUAGAACACAAAGAGGAGAAUCGAAUGAUGCCGAGAAAGAUGACGAUGAGGAAGGAAACGCGGCGGAGGCCCCUGUCCUGCUGCCCCCUCUUCUCCACCUGGCGUCGCUACUCUCCAACAGCCAGGAUCUGGACAGCGGACUCGGACGCACCGAUGAGUCCUCAGAGCAUGACUUGCUCGGUGGAUUUAGCAGCGCGUGCAACACAGAUGCCACCAACACGCCCGGAAGCACCCCCAAAUUCUGUCUGGGCCACAGUCCGAGGCUCAGUCCACUACCCAGUCCUGGAGUAGGACCAAGCCCCAAGAUUACCCCAAGUCCUGGGCAUGUCCAAGGAGAAACCCCACCUCCCUUUUCUCACCUCCAGGUCACCUCCGACACUCUCACCGCCCUGGAUGUAACUGAAGGAGGUGCCACGCAAAACCACGCACACCAUAAGCUUCAGCUCCAUAGUAGUCCAAUGAAUAUGAUGGCAACAAUGUCGAGCCUCACAGAGGACGAGUGCCAGUGGUACCAGGAGCUACUGAAGAUAAGGUACCAUUGCAAGAGGCAGCCAAGGAACGUACAUGGUGAGGAGGAGCAGGAAGAAGUUACAAAUGAGGAGGUGCCGUCCCCAUCUGUGGCGGACAUGAACUGCAACGUGAACAUGACUGAGUGUGAGAUGGCGCUCAUUGAGGAAGAGUUGCGCCACCUGGAGUUCAAAUGUCGCAACUGCCUGCGUGCACAGAAGAUGCAACAGCUUCGUCUGAGAUACAUGAAAGCCCUGAUGAUGGAGGAGGAGACGGAUGAAGCAGAUUUUUCUCAUACAGAUCUACAUGACAGCGACGGCGUCAACAACGAUGAUACCCAUCGUCAUGAGUUGUCUGCCAUCAAUGAGCUACCGGAGCGUUCCACUGAUGGCAAAGACAGCACCAGUGCUUAUGGCAGCUGCGAGAGCUGCCACGGCACGCCACUAGUCAGCACCGUACGAAUCCCGCCUCUACGGGAUGAGGAGGCACUCACGGCUCCGCCUUCCCACUGGGAGAGAUGCCAGUCUAAGCUCGGAUCCGGCAGCUGGGAUAGCGACGUGAUCAACACAUUGCCCUCCAAGUUCAGAACUCUGUCCAAUGAAUUGGGAUCACCCUCUCGACGAGCGAUGGCUGAAGGAGGACAUGGUUCCAGAACAGGAAUCACCCUCACGAUGCCCUGUGGAGGAAGUGCAGAGUCCAGCCCCUUCCUAGCCCAGCGGCGCCAAAGAGCCAAAGCAUUGGAGCCCUACCACAGCUGCAUAGUGCUGCCCUCUGAUGGCCUACUGGAGCCACUGGAUUGGGAGCUGGUUGAGGACAGAAGGGCAGGUAUAGGAAGCAGCGAACGGGCCAUCAGUGUGAGCAAUGUCCCCUGCGGUCCGGAAGGCCGCCUCGCACCCUCCUGCUUGGUCCUGGCGCAACCAUUAACACUGGCUCACUCAUCACCUACCGCUACAGGACAGCACUUGGAAUGGAAGGUGAAAAUCCGCAGUGACCGCACUCGCUACAUGGCCAAGCGGCCAGUCAGGGACCGCCUCCUCAAGGCGAGGGCCAUGCAGAUCCGAGAGGAACGCGGCUGCACGACCACUGAUGACGAUGCCGCUGCCAGCGAGAUGAAACAGGGCCGCUACUGGAGCAAAGAGGAGAGGAAGCAGCAUCUGCUGAGGGCCAGAGAAUACAGACAAAGACGAGAGUUCAUGAUGCAGAGUCGUGUGGACUACCUGAAGGGUGACAGCAGAGACGCGGUAUCAUCAGCAGAUGGCACCAUCGAGUUUCCCGUCCCUGUACAUAAUGACAACGUAGUCCCCCUGAGCCAGAAGAAGAUGAGCAGGAAGAGGAACUGCCGCAUUCUCAACAACUGGAACACCAUCCAGGAGCUGCUGGCUCAUGGCUCAUGCUCCUACGACGGCAAGAAAAUCUUUAACCCUCUCCUCUCCUUCACUAACGUGUGACGUUGCAGAUGACGGUGUCGAAGAACGGAAAACUAUCAACACUGGUUAACGGAAACUUUUAGUCAUAGAUGUCUUUAUAUGUCCCUCAACACAAUUGCCACCCAGUAUUUUUUCUGGGUGUCCAAUUUGGUAUUGUGAUUUGUAUCUUAACAAUUUCACCAAAAAUGUUCCAAUAUAUGAAAUUCUGUUUUACAACCUUGAAAUUGGUUUGAAUAUAUUCACUAAGCUCAUCACGGCACCCCAAAACAACAACAGGUUAUAAGUACUUUGCUAUAGAUUUAAAUCCCAAUUAGUCCACUUCAUAACAAAAAGAAGCUGUACCCACACAUUGGAAGCUCAUUUUACAGUUAUUUACGAGUCGCAUUAACCUCCUCAUGCUCAUUUUUUGUCCUUUCUUUUUGGCAUGCUCCACGUCAUGCCAUCGAAAUUCAACGUGAUUAACAGGUGAUUGGAUGAGUUGUCAUUUCCUCCUCCCAUAGCAGCCACUCAGCGUGAUUGACCUGCCCCGCGCUAUUCUCUUGAGAAAAUCGGGGGUCUGAUGGAAUUCGGGACAGCUGGUUCCCCCCUUUCCUUUAUGGACCCAUAAGGCUGUCUGGGCCCCAGUGCAUCGCACCAUUUACUCUGUUGAUAUUUACGCCACUAUUAACAAGUGAGGAAGCGUAUGUUGACGCUGGAGUGUUACUGCUUUGAAUGUGUUUACUCUUGCUCUCUUAUCACUGCACACACAACAAACCCAAAGAAAAAGCUAAACUAAGAGGAGUAGUUAAUUCUUUGGUGAUCGUUACCCAGCCCUCGCGAGGAACACCGCUGUCUUCGUUCUGGAAACGAUCACGAAUGCAUGAACGCAACUAAGAACCAGCAUUCUUGAAUGAAAUGUAGCAUAGGGUAGACAACAAGUUGGAUGUUGUGUUGACAAUUUGAAAGAACAAUGACAUUACCACAGACACGCACGCACACUCAAUCAAUAAAGCCAGUUUGUCUGGAAUGACCUCAUUGUCUUUUUGUACCCUAAAUACUCUGUGUUACAUUUAAUACCGUUUGUGCUACCUUAAAAACGUUUUGCCCAACCUAAUUACUGUACGGGGUAACCAAAACUAAAAAUGGCACUGCCUUAGGUAUUAUUGGUGCAAUGUUGAAUACUGUCUGUUUCCUUAAACACUGUUUGCGUUACCUGAAACCGCCAUGACUUUCAAUACUAUGUAUCCGACUUUAAAUAUGGUCCGCAGUGUCAUAAAUACCAUAUAUGCUACCUUAAAUACUCUUGUGUUAUCUAAAAUAGCAUCUUUGAUACCUUAAACAUUGCUUGACAUACA